ACAGUGGAUCGUCUGGUUCGUGACCUGCUUGCAAUCGAUGCCUACCAGCCCCUCCAGCUGGUCGGCGGCCGCCCUCGGCCACCGUCUGAACGAGUGCCCAUCGACUUCCUCUGCCCCGCCCUUCUCAAGGUAGAGUGCUUGCCCACUUCUCCCAUUCCUUCCCACACUUCUGUUGUGUCAUUCACCCCCACGUACAUUCGUGCCUUUUCCAUUCCGAUUGCUGGGCAGGGCUUAUUUUCUAGAUAUGAGAGUUGCUAUUGGGAAUACCUGUAG